AGCGCAGGUUGGUUCCGUGUGGAAUGUCUUCUCGUCAUCGUGCAAGUUGGUAGCUUUUUUCCUUGCAUAUUUCUGGUCCCGUUUUCGGCGUUACGGACCUAUUUCGCGCAAGAAAGCAGCUUCGAACGAAGGAACAAUUUCCGGUGCACCGUUUGGCGCAACGAAGGGUGCCUGCCGCGGGUUCGCAAGUGUCGAUUUUUGUGGUUAAAGUUGCGCGACAAAGGGAGGAAAAUUUUUGCAAAACGCGAUUAUGUGAUUGCCACCCGUCGGUGGGUGUGUAUGUGUGAGUGUGUGAGCGCGUUUGUCGCGCGCCUACUACGGUCGUGUUUGUGAGAGCAGCAGCUCGGAUUUUCCUUUACAUUUCGGAAAAAUUGUGGAAAAGUCAGUGCACAGUGUGGCCACAACACACGACAUCAUUUCCCGAGUCCGGUGACCGGAGCAGCAGCAGCUGGUGCGUGUUGACGGCCGCUGGAAGCUAACAGACUAUCGAACCGGAACGGACCGAGGUCCGGGUCAACAGGAAGGACAUAGAUUUUUUUGGCCCAAGUGACAUACGAGGAGAAGUAGCAGCACGACGACGACGAAGAAGAAGAAGCACAAGCAGCCCAUCCAAGUGUGCGUUGCGCCUGUCGGUGUGUGUACGCGCGGCCUCGAAGUGAAAAAUAAUGAGUCGCCAUGAAGGUGUCAGCUGUGAUUCCUGUCUAAAAAGCAACUUCCGCGGCCGACGGUACAAAUGUUUGAUCUGCUACGAUUACGAUCUCUGCGCCAUUUGUUAUGAAGAGGGAGCCACCAGCACGCGACACUCGGCAGACCACCCAAUGCAGUGCAUUCUAACGAGGUCCGAUUUCGAGUUGUACUAUGGCGGCGAAGUGCUAACGCCGGACCAGCCACAGUCGUUCACCUGUCCGUACUGCAAACGGAUGGGACUCAGCGAUUCGGCCCUGCUCGAACAUGUCAGUUCCGAACACACGGACACCGGCCUCGAGGUCGUCUGCCCCGUGUGUGCGGCCCUCCCCGGAGGUGAUCCCAACCUGGUGACGGACGAUUUUGCUGGCCAUUUGAGUCUGGAGCAUCGGAGCGGCUCGCGAGAUCUUAUCUCAUUCCUGGACGAACCAUCAGCGAUUCGGCAUGGCGGUGUUCGGCGGAUGCCACACUCGGGACGCGCCCUCGGGGGACCUCGCUCGAGGCGUUCCAAUAUGCACUUUAGCUCGUCGGGAGGUGGCCUAUCGGCGCUGUCCCCCUCCGGUCGGGAAUCGGUGGAUCCCAUCGCAGAGUUGCUGCAGCAGCUGUCCAGCGUACGCCGCGGCGGAGCUCCACAACCCUCGCAGCUCCAGCAGCUGCAAAUGCAGAUCCAGCUCGAACGGCAGCAAGUAACUACCAACAAUCCCAUGAACCACGGCCCAAGGAUUCGCAGAAGUCGCUUCGAUUUGCCAUCAUCGACGUCAUCGUCCCUUGCGGCGGCCGUUCUCGCGCGCAGCAGAAGAAGUGAAGAUGAGAUUCGCAGCCUGCAGCAAGUAGCCGCUCGCCAGCAGUUGGAGCGAUUACCACGACGUCAGCAGCAACCGGUAGUGUCCUCGGCGACGAAUGCAACCGGUGGCGGCAGCAACGCGUCCGCAUCGGGCGGAAGCGCCUCCACCUCGCAACAGUCCAGUUCGAUUAUCACACUCAAUGCCGGCGGCGGCGGCGGUUCUCGCGAUGCCCCGAUUGCGCCGUCGUCCUCGCUGCCGAUGGUUUCGUCCGGUGGUCUCGCCGCCUGCAACAUCUUGGGCGGUGUGUCGGCAUCGGCCGCGGCGGCUGCUGCUGCUGCUGCUUCGGCUACGGCCUCCCAGCAGCAGUCGCAGUUCCUGAUGGCACGCUUCAUGGUGCCCAGCCUGGACGAUGCCGAGUUAGCACAACUGGAGCGUGAUCGUGCCGAUAGAUCACAAUUUGUUCAGUCGUUGAUGCUUUCAACCAUCGCCAAUGUCCAGGCUUUUAGUAAAAAUGCAGAGUCUAAUGUGACCGACGAGUUGAAUUUGUUGAAUUUGGGAAACAUCAACAACAGCAGCAGCCUUAACAGGAACACGAAAAAGUGUACCGGCGACGCUGACGAGCAGCAGCAGCAGGAUGGUGCGGCGAACAACAACAACGGCAAGGAUGAGGGCAAUUGUGAUAAUCUGAAGCAGGUCGACAGUGAUAGUGGUGCUGCGGACGAGCUGCAAAACUUGCAUCCCCCGCAGGUGCUGUCACGGGUCAAGGGUAAGUCAUCGUCCAAGCCAGGGUCCCAGGGAGGUGGAGGAGGCGGGGGUGGUUGCAUCGAUAGACGUCCACGCCAGCAGCAGCAACAACAACAGCAGCAAGCCGCCAAUUCGGCCAAAGCACGCGAAAUGAAGCAGGCUAACUCUUCUGCCAACACGCCGUCAUCGAUGUCGUCAAAGCAUAUGCCCGAUCCUAGGUAGUGUUGCGUAACGAAAAUUGUUUAAAAGUUAAAGAGAAGAAGGCAAAAAAAAAACAGGAGUUAAAAUACACAAGAUUACACUAUCAUCAAAAACCUAUCUGUAUGAAUAUAGUUCGUGCAGUAACGGCGCGGAGUGGGCAACUGUGAGUGACUGGAGAAAGAACAUUUGCGAACGGGGUAAAACUUUAAAUAAAUUAUUAAAAUAGAAGCAAAAUGUAAUUGCAAACAUAUAUGUAACAUCUUAGGCAUUAUUAUUACUGGAACGAAACACUAAACAAAAAAAAACAACCACAAAAUAUUCAAAAAAACAUUAAUAAGGGAGCCCUACUGCAAGAAAGAAACAAACAAUUUAAAUGAACAUAACAAAGAGUCAUCUGUACGUUCUAAACUCUACUUACUCAAAGCAAGGUCCGAGUGUCAAAAAUCCCUAUUCGUCGUCGGAAAUUCGCUGCGACUGGACAAAACUGCACAUAUUAAACAACCGAAUAAGACGCGACUACGCGAUAGCCAAGCCCCGCUGUUCGGUAAACGCAAUGUGAUUAGUGGUUUAUUUUUCUCUAUAAAUUCAACUGCAGCAGCAACAACAACAACAGAGUUGUGACGAAGCGAACGCGCUUGUCCACAAGCACGAGAGUUAUUUUUCUUUUUGUCCACAGUAUGUCCCAUAUUUGCUGUAGCUUGUGAGAAAAAGUGACACCGAGGUUGCCAACGAUGAUAAUAUGGCUAUUUUGGCACUCACAUGAGAGACUUCUCACAAUCGUGACUGACUAAAUGGGUGAAGAACCUUUGAGUAAACUAUGGGAUUCUUUACUCACGUGAGCGUCGGAUUAAUUUCAUCAAUGCGAUAAUUUCAUCGAAAAACAACCUAAACACAACUGUGUAACACAGCAGCCACACGUCAGCUAUCUUCCUCCUCGUUUCGAUUGAAAAGAAGAAAAAAUACACAACUUUGACCGAAGCAAGUCAUUGGAGUAGCGAUUACAAAUAGAUAUUAAUUUUUAAUAAUUCAAUACAAAAACAAAUAUGAGUAGAAUGGAAGAGAGAAUAAAAAACUAGCAUACGCGUCACACAGCGAAACAAGAGAAAGAGUACAUACAUGAAAUAAUCAAUUGAAGAAAAUUCAACAGAAAAAAAAUCUAAAAUCGUCACGCCAGAAAAAAAAACACUUUGUGAAAAAAUUCAAACGUUUGUUUCAGUUUAAAAUUUGUACAUUUUGUUGUCAAUUCGA